AAACUGCAGGGAAUUUUUCCUAAAGUUUCACUGAAGGUUCACAGCAACUUUAAUAAUUUAUCUUAUAUAUUUCCAUUGGAGUAGAAAACUUAAACACUUAAGGAAGUUGAAACAUCACCACAUUAUUCCUGGUUCUCACGCUAUUAAAUAUAAAUACACCGUUACCAGCUCAUAACCAGUUUACCCAGAAGUCAGACUGGCACCAGAAGCCUGGCUGCUGUGUUCGUACAGCUGAGCCAGAAGUGAUGUCAGAGCAGCUUGUUGUGUGUUCAAUUUUCUCCUCAGGCGAAUCAUAAACCAGCUGGGUCAGUUUGCAUGGGAAGCCAGAUAAGCGGCUCAUGCAAACACGGACACAAUCAGAACGUUGUUGGAUCAGCCGAGGCCCCAAAUAAAGCCUCGCAUCCGUGUGGGUUUGAUCCCGUUUUCCCACGUGUCUUUGCAGCUGGAGGAAGUUUGCCGGAGUGCGCGGGAUGCAAAGAGAGGAUCUACGAUGAGCAGUACCUGCAGGCCCUCAACGCCGACUGGCACACCAUCUGCUUCAGGUGUUGCGAGUGCAGCGCCUCGCUUUCCCACUGGUACUACGAGAAAGAUGGACGGCUGUACUGCAAGAAGGAUUACUGGGCCAAGUUCGGGGAGCUGUGCCACGGCUGCAACGACCCGAUCACCACCGGCCUCAUCAUGGUUGCAGGAGAACAGAAGUAUCACCCAGAAUGCUUCAGCUGUCUGAACUGCAGGGCAUUUAUCGGUGAUGGAGACACAUACGCGCUUGUGGAGAGAUCCAAACUGUACUGCGGUCACUGUUACUACCAGACCAUCGUGACGCCCGUGUCGCUGCCGGACUCGCCACACUCCCGGAUCCCGCACACCGUCACGCUCGUGUCCAUCCCUGCCUCAUGCGAGGGCAACAACGGAUGCAGAGGGCGAGGCUUUUCUGUGGCGAUUGACCAGCCGCUCAGCCCCGCCAACGGCUUCAACCCGGAGCACGGACGCACCGUCAGGGUGUCCCAAGUGGAUCCUGACUGCAUCAGCCCAGACGUAAAAAACUCCAUCCAUGUUGGGGACAAGAUCCUGGAAAUCAAUGGGACACCCAUUCACAACGUUCCUCUGGAUGAGAUCGACCUGCUCAUCCAGGAGACCAGCCGGCUGCUGCAGCUCACCAUCGAACAUGACCCUCACGCUCAAGAGGGGGGCUCCUCGGAGGCCGAGGAUCAGGUGGACGGCUGCCUGUCCACCCCGGUGUCGGACGGCCCCACCCCCACCCUGCCGAUCGCCCAGGCCCCCAACCCUGACAUCAGCAACCUGAAAUCACGCAUAAUCACGCGGAGCUACAGCAUUGAUAAGUCACCGGGCUCCAGCAACGCAGCAUCGCCCGUCUCACACAGGAAGGACAUCAAUCGGUCGGAGUCUCUCCGGGUCGUCUCUAAUCGGACUCACCGCAUCUUCCGCCCGUCUGACCUCAUCCACGGAGAAGUCCUCGGAAAGGGAUGCUUCGGACAAGCCAUAAAGGUGACCCACAAGGAAACGGGGGAGGUGAUGGUGAUGAAGGAGUUGAUUCGUUUUGACGACGAAACACAGAGAACAUUCCUGAAAGAGGUGAAGGUGAUGCGCUGCCUGGAUCACCCCAACGUGCUCAAGUUCAUCGGAGUCCUGUACAAAGACAAGAGACUCAACUUCAUCGCAGAGUACAUAAAGGGAGGAACCCUGAGGGAAAUAAUCAAGAAGAUGGACAGUAACUUUCCCUGGAACCAGAGGGUCAGUUUUGCGAAGGACAUUGCUGCUGGAAUGGCAUAUUUGCAUUCAAUGAACAUAAUCCACCGGGACCUGAACUCGCACAACUGUCUAGUCCGAGAGGACCACACCGUGGUGGUGGCAGACUUCGGCCUGGCUCGGCUCAUGGUGGACGAUAAAUGUGAAAAUAAGCUGACACAGGGAAAACUGUCGGGCCUGAAGAAGCCCGACCGCAGGAAGAGGUACACGGUGGUGGGAAACCCCUACUGGAUGGCUCCGGAGAUGAUCCACGGCAAAAGCUACGAUGAGAGAGUGGACAUCUUUUCCUUUGGUAUUAUGCUAUGUGAGGUCAUUGGUCGGGUCAACGCAGAUCCAGAUUACCUCCCCAGAGCGAUGGACUUUGGGCUGAACAUUUCUGGUUUCCUGGAGAACUACUAUCCUCCCAAUUGUCCCCCUGCCUUCUUUCCUAUUGCUGCUUUGUGCUGUGACCUCGAUGCAGACAAAAGACCUGCAUUCUCUAAACUGGAGGAGUGGCUGGAGAACCUCAAGAUGCACUUGGACAUUGGUCUGCCGCUGAUGUCCGAACUGGACCAGUUGCACAAGGCCUUCUGGGAGCACCACAGCAUCCCGCGCCCUGAGAACGGCCUGCACACUCAUCCGGAGCAACCCGAGUGAAGCGCCGCGAGAGGAGUGGCAACGCUGGAGUUGACCCCUCAGGAGACGGUGACCCCACCCACCUCGGGUGGCAGAACGCUGCUGGAGGAGACUUUCUAAUAACCCGUCACAACUGAAGCAGACGAUACCGGUUUUAGCUGGCGCAAGCCGGAUGAAAAGACUCAGGGGGAAAAUAUAAAUUUGAAAAGCCACCAGUGUGUGAUGCCUGCACAUACACACAAACCCAUUCUCACUGCAGCUACUUCUGAAGCUAAAGUAAAAUAUAUCAUAUGCAAUCAGAAAUUUCAUGUAACGCUUUAAUCGCAUACAUUUAGCAGAAGUGAUCCCACUAGAGAAUACUUACUGUGCUUUUUACUGUAGUGUGUAACUUCACAUGCAAAACAUAGCAGCAAGCCUUCAGCCACGUCACUUCACGUCUCCAGACUGCAUGGUGCAGUUUGUGUCUGCAAACAUUUGCUGCGUUUGGUUUUCUUUUGGAUCUCGGAACAGAACUUAUUAGAGAUGCAAGCAAAAGGCAACGACCUCCCAGUGUCUGAGGGACAGUUUUGUAGACCUUCUUGUACAAGUGAAGUGAAACUUUUCAAGCUUUAAGUAUCCAAUUGACAAAUGCAUGGCUGUAAAUAACGCUGCCAGGUCAAUUCCCGCUUCAGUGUGCCCCUCUAACCCUAUUCAGUCAUGAACCACUUGGAGUUGCUCGUCUCUCCUGUUUAUACGUAGCACUGAAUUUAUGGUAAGGUACCCGUCCUACAUUUGGUACGUCUUCUCUCCGUUUAGAGAGUUCUUAGCGCAUCCCAUUCACACUAACACUCAAAUACAUUAUGUGUACAUCAGCGGCAACUUUGUAAAUGUUUUAAAUAUUGUAAAUGUACAGACAUAUUUUAUAUACGUACGUUACAUUGCCAUAUUUUUAUUGGCUGGAGGUGUCACUGCAGUUGAAACGGCAUGGCAAAAAUAUGAAUUUUUUUAAUUUACGUGUUGUCACUGUGUCAGGGUAAAUGCUUCGAGACCAUCUUCAAACACUUAAAAACCUCUGCUAAAAAUUAUUUUAAAACAACAAAAAACAACCUGAGAACCAAUUCUGGUAAAUGUACGCAUUCACUUUUCAACCCUUCUGCAAUUAAAUCAAACAUUGCAGCUACAGUGCCUCGAUGAGUAUUUAUACCAUAAACUUUUUCACAAUUUGUCGCUUUAGUUUGGAAGGAUUUACUGGUUCCCAGUAGAAAGGCUUCAGAACCAUAAACUUUAAUGUAUUUUAUUGGGAUUUUAAGUUGAUGGACUAAUUGGACAACAGUUUUUACCAACUUUGCGCAUUUACCGACUGAGAUCUUUACCCAUUUUUCUUUGCACAAAAGCUCAAAAUCAGCCAGAUUACAAAUCAAGUAUUCAAUUCAUUUCAAAAUGCUAUAAGAAUCCCAGAGAAAAAGAUAUUAAAUAGAUCAAAAUUUUAUAGCUAUCAUCAAGUUUCUCAAUUGGGUUUAGGUCUGGACUUUGACUUGUAACACAUGAUAGGGCUGCAGCUUUGACUUUACGUGUAAGGAAGUUGUGCCGCUGAAAUCCUCCACUUUUUAUGAACCUCUCCCAAAAAAGUCCCAAUUUAAAACAUUAAAGUUUCUGUUUGUAUUCUGACAAAGUAUGAAAAAAA